AUGUCAAGUAACUGGAGGGUUUUUCGAUUUCCUUGCGGUUCUCAAUUCACCAGAAUCUUCUCUCCCGCAAUUGUCCUUGGACGUCCCAUUGGUGACAGAUCUUUGUUUGCGCGACUGUGUAGGCUGGCAAUACUUGAGGCCUCUUUUAUACCUGGGAACCUGCUUUGCCAAGCGCUGGACAUUGUUCUUCAGAGUAUUUGUUCUUCUACAGGCAAAAUUUCAGGCCUUAUUUCUGAAAUGGCUUAUUGUCUUGAGCUCUGUACCCUCAAAGCCGUGAAAUCAUUUCCAAAUUUUCCAUUUCCUGACAAAAUGUUCCCAGAAAUAUUAAAAUUCUCCUCUCUUGAGAAACAAAAUAUUUCUAAUUGGACUCAAUUGGAUUGUCGAAGAUGCGAGCAUAUUAUUCAUAGUCUUGCAAAUAUCAUAUAUUUGAGAAAAAUUACUGAUGCUGAACAGAUUUCAAAUUUUAUCAAAGUUUUGGAUGAAUAUGUGCAGAUCUCGGUACAUUCGGGAGCGGCUAAAAUUCGUUGGAAUGCAGUGCUAUCGACAGCUAGAUUAAUGAAUUUGUCUCAGAGAAGUUCAAUUUUACAAAUUAUUAGCGAAAAAUUUGUCAAGGACCCCUAUUUCAAGGUUCGCGCACAUGCAGGAAUGACAAUGCUACUGCCAUUUAGUAAUCAAUACCCUCAACCGAAUUCUCAAGAAAUCUCUCUGAUACUGUCCACCGCUCUUAAUUUCCUGAGUUCAGAUGAUCAGCAAGAUUCGGUCAGCGGCAACAUUUACAACGCAACUCAUCAUGUCCAAUUCUGUUACCACAUUGCAAUAAAACUUCUCCUUAAAUGCACCGUUCGCGUACUUCAAGACAACUCCCAGUUAGAUCUAAUGUCAAUUAUGAGAGCGUUGGAUGAGAGUCAGGUCUUGAAUAAGAACUUAAGCUCUAGUUUGUACUUCGCUAAAGAAGCCAAAAUCUCGGCUUUCGCAGUUAUGAAAGCGGCUAGACAUGGCCUUAAAGGUGGUGGACUAGACCGAGUCCCGGAUCAAUCGGCACUGAUCUCCUUCGCUGAACGUUACGAGCCCCUCAAAUGUCUCAACUUUGACGAAUCAUUGAAUGAAUUCCUUGACGACCUUGAAAUCCUCUAUUCGGAAUUACAUCGAAAUGAAAUGACUAAAGAGGUAAUUCGGCUAUUCUACGUCUUGACUAAUGGGUCUGCGGCAUUUCAGGACUACUUAUGA